UUGAUAAUCGAAAUGAGGGUAAUUUCUUAUCAGAAUUUAUAAUAUACACUAUUUUUGAGAUGAAAUUUAUACAUUAUUUUUAUAUGUAUAUAUCAAUUUUUAUUUUAAUAAGGAAAAAAUCGCUCAUUCAAUGUACAUCUGAUUUCGAAUUUCGCGAAUUGAAAUAUUUAUCCGAAAAAUUAGAUCCCAUGGAAUGUUUUAAACUUCUUCAUGGUAUUUGUGAGAAAAUUGGUGUCGCGGAAAAAUCCAUACAAAUUGAAAAACUUCAGAAGGAGAUGCAAAAAAUUUUGAAAAAAUCAUGGUCUACAGAAAAAAGUUGCUUUUCACAUUUGUUAAAUUGGCAAAACAAUUUUCCUAAAAAUACAAACAUAGAAGAACGUAAAUUAAUGGAAGAUGUUUUAUUAUCCUUGGGAAGAUCCGAUUUAGUAAAAUAUUUGAGAAAAAAUCAAAGAGGUCAUUUUAUAAAUCAUUUAAAAAAAGUUGAACGAUAUGAAGCAGUAAAUGAUGAAGACAUGAAUCAAAGUCAAUAUCCGAACGAAAAUGGUCACGAGAAAAAUAAUCUAUACCAGAAAUUCGAUUUAGAUGAGAUUGAUAAUGGCAAUGUUCCUCCAACUCAGGCCAUUAUAAAUGGAGAGACUUUUAAUGAAAAUGAUUACGAAAAUAAAAAUAAAGAUGUAAUUAAAAGGAAAAUAAGAGAGAAGAACUUUGACGUUUACUGGAUUAUUCUUAUCACUGUUAUUGCUUUAGUAAUCAUGUCCAUUUGUGGAAGUGGAGUUUUUUUUAUUUACAGAAAAAAAUGCGAUCGAUUUAUCAAGGGACGUUUAUGUCAAGAAUGGGCCUUAAGCAAAGAAAAACAGAAAAUUAACGUCUGUUGCUGUGUUAAGCGAAGAGAAACAAGUAGAAAUGCUUGUUCAGAUGUAGUAGACCACAUGGAAAGUGGAUGGUCCAGAAGAUGUUCCAAGUGCUGUUUGGAUUCAAAGGGAGACGAUAAAAAGUCACGUUUGAUGCAAAAAACGGCGUGCGUGCAAAAAUGCAAAAAAUUGAGAAAGAAAAAAACACAUUCGAAAACGAGAGAGAAAUGCAAAAAGAAAGAGGCAAAAAAAGUCACGAGAAACAAGUGUAACUGCACCAGUGAAGAAACAGAGUUUAUUAUAGCGACCAAAAAAGAAAAGAAAAAAAAGAAAAGUGGCUGGACUUCGCCACAAAUGAGGGAAAAGAGAAUAAAGGAAUCGAAAAACACAGAAAAAUUGUUCCAAUACGACUCAAGCAGUCCUUGCUCUAGAAAAACCUGUGAGUGGAGAAAAAUAGCCAAGGGAAAGAGACACGGGAAAAAUAGCGUGUAAAUUUAAUUACUACUUGGGAAUUGCGCAAUUUUGUUAUCCUCCGACUAUAAUCGUUGCACUCAAAAAGAUGAGAAUGCUCGGUCAAGGUUGAGGGUCAAAAGAUUCGUCGCAAGAAA